GCCGGAGAGCCUUUUUCAUGUCCAUGUUGUUGUUCAGUGCUUGACUUGAAUUGAAGUGUUUGUUGAAAGUUAGAACUUUCUUAGUUGAAUUCCAUGCUCCUAUCAACUUUUCUUGCACGUGAACUGCUGUAGCUGCGCACGUGAGCUCGUUGCUGUAGCUGCUCACCUGAUUUAUUGCUAGUUUUAGUUUUGGUGUUGAUGAAUCAAUCCCCUACCUUGGACCAUGGUAGAUGAAUGCAGCUGAUUCCUUUGACUAUAUCAGUCUAUGCUAGAGCACGUGAGCUCGUGAUUCUGGCUGUGUAUCUGAGCGAGCUCGUUGCUCUAGCUGCUUGAGGGAUAGGAAUACGUUCGUUAGAUCAAUUAUCCCUGCCUAUGCUGCUGUUGGCUCCUGCUUUUAUGCUUAUUUUCCUGCUGAUUAUACACGGAAUGUAGAGAAGGAGCUCCAAAAAGAACCAACCGAAAAUGGUAGGAGGAAGUUUUGUAGGAGAUGGAGGGGGGCCUAGAGUUCGAGGUGACUCGGGUGGGCAUGUAACAGCCGCUGUGGUGAUAACCUGUAUUGUUGCUGCUUCUGGUGGACUCAUUUUCGGUUAUGAUAUUGGCAUUUCAGGGGGAGUAACAACUAUGGUACCGUUCUUAAGAAAGUUUUUCCCAUCAAUAUUGGAAAAAUCAGGGGAUGUCAAAACAAAUAAGUACUGUAUGUAUGAUAGCCAAGCAUUGACAUCCUUCACAUCUUCUCUCUACAUAGCCGGAUUAGCCGCUUCCCUAGUGGCCAGCCGUAUUACUGCCAAGUUUGGACGCAAGUUCACCAUGGUGCUCGGUGGCUGCACCUUUCUUUUUGGUGCUGCUGUGAAUGGUGCUGCUCAAAAUAUUGCUAUGCUCAUCUUUGGCCGCAUUUUGCUAGGAUUUGGUGUUGGUUUUACGAAUCAGGCAACACCGUUAUAUCUAUCAGAGGUGGCGCCUCCAAAGUGGCGAGGAGCAUUCAACACUGGAUUUCAGUUUUUCAUAGGCAUUGGAGUGGUAACAGCCAACUGCAUUAAUUACGCCACAGCAAAGAAAGCCUGGGGAUGGCGGCUUUCCUUAGGCUUCGCGGUGAUCCCAGCAGCCAUAAUGACCCUAGGAGUUCUGAUCAUUCCAGACACCCCUAACAGUUUGGUGGAACGAGGCAAAAUGGAGGAGGCCGAGAAGUCCUUAGAGAAGGCAAGAGGGGGUAAUAUUGAUGUAACAGCUGAGUUUGCGGAGCUCAUCAAGGCUACUGAGUUAGCCAAAGCAGCUAAAGAGGAGCCCUUUCAGACUAUAUUUGAGAGGCAUUAUAGGCCACAUUUAGUCUUGGCGAUUCUUAUCCCCUUCUUUCAACAAAUUACUGGGAUCAAUGUUAUUGCAUUUUAUGCCCCUGUCCUGUUUCAGUCUGUUGGGUUAGGUAGUGACUCUGCCUUGAUUGCUGCUAUCAUCCUGGGUGUUGUUAAUCUAGGCUCCAUACUCGUGUCCACUUUUUUAGUUGAUCGAUUUGGUCGAAGGUUCUUGUUCCUGGAAGGCGGUGCUCAGAUGUUUAUUUUCCAGAUUGCAGUGGCAGGAGUUCUAGUAGCCACAACAGGUAUAUCAGGAACGGAACACAUAUCCAAGGGAAACACGGUGCUAGUGCUAGUUUUCAUGUGCAUCUAUGCAGCUGGUUUUGGGUGGUCUUGGGGACCCUUAAGCUGGCUUGUGCCAAGUGAAAUCUUCCCAUUGAAUAUUAGGCCAACAGGCCAAAGCAUAAGUGCUGCUGUGAAUUUUGCCACUACCUUUGUACUUUCACAAACAUUUUUAGCAAUGCUCUGCUGCUUCAAAUUCGGUGCCUUCUUCUUCUAUGCUGGUUGGAUUGUCAUUAUGACCAUCUUUGUCGCGUUGUUUUUGCCAGAAACAAAGGGUAUUCCUUUAGAUUCCAUGCAUAUUGUGUGGAACCAACAUUGGUACUGGCACAAGUUUGUCAAGCAGGAGCCUUAACUCGCGUUUUAUUAUGGAAGAGUGCUAGUGAAUGUACUUGAUUUAAUAGUUAGUAUUCAUAUGAAUGUACUGACAUCAGAUUGGUCUUAUUAGAUAAGACCGUCUGACAAAAUAAAGGUCAUAAUCUAGAUAAACAAGUACUCAACUUAUUGAUCCAUAUAGCGUAGAUGAAAUUCAAACUCCUACAAGGCCUAUCAAUUGUUGAAAAAUAUGUGUUCCAAUUCUUA